AUGGACGAUGGUUUACAUCCAGAAAAACCAGAAGCUUCAAACAAAUCCAAUACAUACUUCCUCUGUUUCAGACAGUUGGUGAAACUUGUUCCCCAUGAAUCUCUGUGUAACUUGGUGGAAGUUUCAUAUAUAUUUUUCUUCAAAAUCACAAUUAAGAAAGGCAUUAGAGAUGCCAAUGGCUGUAUCAUUGAUCUCAUUAAGCGAGGAGCUCUCAAUCUUUCCGAGGUUCAGUUUGUGGUUCUCGAUGAAGCUGAUCAGAUGCUUCAAGUCGGAUUUGCUGAGGAUGUCGAGAUUAUAUUGGAAAGGUUGCCUGAGAAACGUCAGAGCAUGAUGUUUUCUGCAACAAUGCCAAGUUGGAUCAGAUCCCUUAUCAAGAAGUAUCUGAAUGAUCCUUUGACAAUUGAUAUGGUUGGAGAUUCUGAUCAGAAGAUGGAAUUACAACGUAUUCUAUCAUGGCUGAUUCUUAUGGAGCAUGCUAAAGAAGAAAAAUGCACUGUUUUUACUUGGAAAAAACGGGAUGCUGAUCGCCUUUCAUAUGGCUUGGCAAGAACCUUCAAAUGUAAAACUUUACACGGUGAUAUAUCUCAGAGUCAGCGGGAAAGAACACUUGCUGGUUUCCGUGAUAAGCAUUUCAAUAUUCCUGUUGCCACUGAUGUUGCUACCCGUGGUCUUGGCGUUCCCAAUGUCGAUUUGGUGAUUCAUUAUGAGCUUCCAAAAAACACGGAGACGUUUGUCCACAGAACGGGGAGAGCAGGAUGUGCUGGGAAGAAAGGAAGUGCUGUUCUCAUCUACAGUCAAGAUCAGUCCAGGGCUAUUAAAAUAAUUGAGGGAGAAGUCGGGAGCCGUUUCACUGAGCUCCCUAGCAUUGCUGUAGAACGUGGUGGAAGCAUGUUUGAAGGAAUAGGUGGUCGAUCUGAUUCAAGCUUUGGUAGUUGUUCAGGUGGUGGUUACGGUUGUACCAGUGGCCGUCCAGGCAACCAUUAUUCUUCUGGUGGUUCAGAUCGUUCUUCUCAGUCAAGUGGAAAGAACAGCUUUGGUGGUGGCUUUGGUUCAAACGAUGGUAAAAGGUCUUACUAA